AUGAGUUAAUCAAAGUUCUUUGUAGUGAGAAUUAAAUGUUAUGAAUUAGUUUAAAAUUAAAACAAUAGUGAAAUAAACUGUAUGGUUGUAGUGAAAGAAUAUGCAGAUAAUCAAUGUAAAAGAAAAUGUAAUUUUAGGGAAUGAGAAAGGUAAAACAGAGAUUUAAAAAAAUCAACGAAACCCACAAUUUAGCACUGCAAUUUAAUUGAAUUAUCAAUUUGAAAUGUCUUAUAGAGUGUUAUUUUAGGUUUUAAACACUAAUAAAGAAUAGAGUAAUGUUAGUAUUUAAAAAUAUUUUAAGGUAAUUGGAUAGACAGAACUAAAUAUAUAAACUCUGUUAACUGCAAAAGAUUAAAUAUAUUCUACAGAUAUUAUAAAUUAAGGUAAGAAAGCUGGAAGAAUCGUAAUAAUUGGAGAAUAUUAGAAAUAUAAAAAUGAUAUGAUAGAAAUAAUUUUAAGUAAUUUAAAUCUAUUAAGAUUAGCUGCCAAAUAAUUAUAUACAUAAUGUUGCAUUUUCAAAGCCUAACCUUCUAAACCUUAUAUAAAGAUUUCUAGAACAUUUUAAGAUACUCAUGUGUCAAAUUUAGUCUAUUAAUCAGAGCCUAUAAAUUAUCCUGAGAUAAAAAGUUGGUAAAUUAUGAAAAUUAUGAUAUAGGCCUGAAAUUAAAAGACUGGCUAGAGAUAUUUGUAAUAAUGAUCGUGAAGCUGUAUUAUAAAUUGAAAUUUAUGAUAAAGGCAGUAGAUAGGAAACUUAUAUAGGAUCUAUAAAUUUAUCAGUAUCAUAAAUGGAAGAAAAAUAAGUUCAUAGAAAUAUAUAGCAUAAAGGAAAUAGAAAAAUUACAGGAUAAUUAUAUGUUGAAAAAUGUUUGUUAAGGGAAAUUGCUACUUUUGAAUAGUAUUUAGAGGAAGGUUUAUAAUUGAAUUUAAUAAUUUCUAUUGAUUUUACUGAUUCAAAUUUAGAUCCAAAUAAUCCAUAGAGUCUUCAUUAUUUUGAUAGAACAAAUAAAAAACUUAGUUAAUAUGAAUAAGCCUUAAGAAAUGUGUCUGAAAUUUUAAUUUAAUAUGAUCAUGAUAAAAAAGUUCCAUUAUAUGGUUUUGGAUUUGAAUUGAAUGGUAAAGCUCAUCAUUGUUAUCCUUUAAAUAAUAAUUUGGAAGAUCCAGAGUAAGAUAUGAAAAUUAUUGUAGAGUUACUGAUUUGAUUGGAGUAUUUGAAACUUAUAGAAAUUUUGUUAAAACAGUAAAAUUUUCAGGACCAACAACAUUUAGACCAACAGUAAGAGAGGCUAUGAGAAUAGCUAAAGGAUUUAAAACAGCUGGAAGUGAGAAAUAUGUUGUAUUAACAAUAUUGACAGAUGGAAUUAUAAGUGAUUUCGAUGGUACUUUUGAGUCUAUAGUUGAUUGUUGUGAAUUGCCUAUUUCUAUUAUUAUUAUUGGAAUUGGAGAUGCUGAUUUCAAAUUAAUGUAAAGAUUAAACAAUAAUUAAUUAAUGGAAGAAGAUAUAUAAGGAAGAAAAGCAACUCGUGAUCUAGUUAAAUUUGUCGUUUUUAAUAAUUACAAAUCUGAAUUAAAAAAGUUUGCUGAAGAAGUACUUUCUGAAUUACCUGAUUAAGUUGUAAAUUAUAUGACUACUAUUUGUAAAAUACCUGGAAGUAAAGAGCAAAAGAAUUAUCCUCAAUAUGGGUCAAAUUUUAAUUUUGAUUAAUAUUAUUAAUCUAAAAAUUUUUAGAGAUAAGGUACUUUACAUCGUUUAUUGGGGGAAGAAGAUGAAGAUUUUUAAACAGGACAAAAAACAAUUAUCGAUUUAAGAUAAUAAUAAGAAGUUAGUUUAAAAUAACCAAUAAUAUUUUAACAAUAAGAAUAAGGUCAGGGAUCAUAAACUUAUAGUUAACAUUACUACCCUUAAGUUUAUGGUCAUAUAUAAACCCCAUUUUAAACCAAUUAAGGAUAACAGAAUAAUUUUAAUGAAAAUUUUACCGUGUCUAAUUAAUAAAAUUCAUUAUAGAACUAAAAUCAAACUUCAACUCUAUUAGAUGGAUUAAUAUCUAAUCAUUGUAAUAUUUUAGUUUAUUUUAGAACCCUAAAUAUAAACAUAACCUAUUUUACAAGUAUCUUAAAUAUUUAAAAAUCCAGAAGAGAAUGAAAAUAGCCAAAAUCAAAAUCAAGAAGAAUCCUUUCCUCUAAUUUAGUCUUAAAAAGAAAUUCAGGAAGAUAAUGAAAGAGAAUAAUAAAAUUAGGAUUAAAAUAAAUAGAAUUGA